CUGAGUUGUUUGGCCCUCAAGAAUGUGGUAGUAACAAGUGGGCGUGGCUGGUGACCCGUAUAAACAACACAAGACCGUUAGCUCAAGUCAACUGGACACCCCGAGACUAGACACAAUGCACUCGGCACGUCAGCUAAUCCGAUUGGUCAGAGGGCCUCUGAGACCACACCCCCUAAUACAGAGCCGGCUAAUGGCAUCACAGUCCCCACUCAAAGCUGGUCAAACAGAUUCUGAGACUCGUCAGUCUGGUCCUAGUGCCGAGGCUAAGGACAAGGCACGUCGACUCACCAUAGCAACCGGAGCAGCGACUGCCUUCUUUGGUGCCUCCUAUAUCCUCUACCUACAACUACGCGCCCAAGAGGAGGAGGAGGUUGCAAAGAGUGAGAAGGAGGGGGAGGUCGCAAAGAAUGAGAAGAGGGUGAGUUUCCACGAUCAACGUGUGAUCUCUUAUGAGAAUCGUUUGCGAUCGUUCUCAACUCCUGACAAGUUAUUCCGUCUCUUUGCCACUCUCAACAUCACCAUGGAGGACGGUGAGAGCACCAUCUUCAUGACUCCUGAUGACUUCAUCCGCUCCAUCACUCCGGGGAUCAUCCAACCACAUGGUCUCGGGUUAGACAAGUUCAGGAACAUGACUAUACAGCAAUGGGGCGAGCGUUAUGACCGAGAACUAGAACUGAAGGAAGACAGCGUUUUUACAACGAUGGGAAAUUUUGGACUUAUUUCAUUUUCUGACUAUUUGUUCCUGUUAACACUAUUAGCAACCCCUGCUCGUCACUACGAGAUAGCGUUCAUGAUGUUUGACCUGGAUGGUAAUGGUCAGGUGGAUGUUGGCGAGUUCCAGAAGGUGCAGCAAGUUAUCCUGGACUCUACUGCAGUGGGAGCAAGACACAGAGAUCACAAGACCACUGGGAAUGUAGCUGGCUCUGUGGCUGAUACUCUGGUGGUGCAUUUCUUUGGCCCAGAGAGAGAUCGACUUUUAACUGCCAAAAAAUUCCGUGCCUUCUAUGCUCACUUCCGGAAAGAUGUACUUCGAAUGGAGUUUGAUCGUUUUGAUGUGGUUGACGGGCGUAUCUCAGAGUAUGACUUUGCCAAGUUUAUUUUGUCUCAUUCUGUUGUCAAUGAGCAAGGAAGGAAGAAAUAUCUCGGGAGGAUAAAGAAAGCUUAUGGCAAAGAAACCAGUGAUGAAUCUGAGUUAGAGUCUAAAGGAAUCACUUUCGAAGAUGUUGAAGCAAUUUCAGCUCUUAUUCAGAAUAUUCAAGAUGUUGAGACUGCUCUGAGUAUGCACAUGGCAGCCGGGGCAUCCAUCACUGCAGGUGACUUGAAGGAGGUGACUACUGCUGUGGCGGAGGUGGAGAUGAGUGAUCACCUGGUGGACGUUGUCAUCACACUGUUUGAUGAGGACAAUGAUGGUAACUUGAGUCACAGAGAGUUCAUCAAGGUCAUGAAGUCCCGAGGCUCCAGAGGUCUCAACAAGCCUAAGGAACUAGGUGUGGCCAGAUUGAUUGCAUCGAUGGCAGCGUGUACCUCAAAGACGGUCAAGGACCAACUAGGCAUCAAGUCUUGACAGACAGUGGCUAUAUCAUCAUGUGACAAUGUAACUAGCAUUUCAAUGUUUGUUGAAUAAAUAUUUUUUGUGCAAUAAAGUUAUUGCAAUUGACAGAAAUUAUUAUCAAGAAGC